UAUUGGCAGCUUUAUCGUAAGUAUCCUAUGUUAUUACUUUCUGCACUCAAAAGUGAAGUAAAUAUACAGUUGUCCAUUGAAGAAAGAAAGAAGUGAGCUGAAAGAGAAGUGCAGUUGAAAGAGCCAAUUGUCAGGUUACUGACUGGUCAGAUGCUGACUGGCAAUUGGAGCAAAGCUCGGGAGAUCUUAGCCAAAAUAUUAAAGAAGAAAAAGAAAGUGUAAAGGGACUGCUUGACAAGAGGAAAACAGAAUUAUUGGAGUAUCUGUGCGUAGCAAAUAAUAAAUCGUAGAGGUUAUGAGGUUACAUCGGUCACGGUCGACCAAUAGUUUCAAAAAUUCAUGACAUGCAGUACACGUUCUCGACGAGAAUGGAAAAACUGAAUCCUAAGGAAACCAUCAAUUUGCUCGAUCUUCUGUCAGAAAGCGACUCUGACAGCACCGAUCUAAUUCUAACACCUAAAAAGAAGAAAAUCAAACGGCGACACAGGCCAAGGACUUUAAUCAGAACGAGGCACAAUAAUCUCUGUGGAUGCAACAAAUCUGAUAUGCGAGUGAUAUCUUUAUGGUUGGCAGCGGUAUUAAUCACAUUCUGGUUAAUUGCUCUGUCUUGGCUGGCAGCGAUACUGUAUGGGGAGAUUAAGAAAAUGGAUAUAUCGAUAAAGUCAGGUAAAUGCCAUUUUAAUUUAUGUAAGCAGAAUAAUAUUGAUGUUUAAGUGGUAAGUACAAGAUAUUAAUUAGAUUGUCAAUAUUGGAGUAUGAAAGGUUCUAAUUAAAUCUAUUUACAUUUAAGAUAAAUGUAUCA